GAAGAAAUGCACGAAGAAGAAGAAUAUGAAGAGGAAGAAAUACUUGAAGAGAAAGAAUCGGAGGGAAGACUUUCAGCUGAUAUGUCACAACAGAUCUUCAUUGAGCAGAAGUUCUCCAGGAGGCAUGGCGAGCAAGAUGAUUCAUCAUCUGAGGAAGAAUAUGAUGAGGGG